AUGGCAAGCAAAAACACCAAUGGUUCUUCUCUAACCCAAUCCAAGAAAUUUGCCUUCAUAACCAAGACUAAAAGCAAUAGCUUUCCAAGAACCCUUAGAGAAGAAUCAUCAACUCCAAAUGCCCAUUUGAAGCAUACUUUAAGUUCUCCUUCGCUAUCCUUUACAUACACUUCAGUGAACGACUUGAUGCCUUGUGUCAAAGGCAAUAUGAGAAGUUUCAGCACUUGUCAAUCAGCUAACGAGAUAGCAAUAAGCAAUUUUCUAGUCCCGAAGGCUGCAAGGGCUUAUUCACAACCUAGGCUGACAACAAGCACUACCAGCACUACUACUUCGUCAAGAUAUUACUUCUGGGAUCACAUGUGGAACAAGUUAAAAUCUCCUAUGAAUACUUGUCUGAGAUUCAUCAACGUUAAUAUAGUUGGGAAGAUUACACAUGCUUUUGAUGUGGGACGAAGAGCAAUUUAUGUUGUCUAG